AUGGUAUAUGAUUGGCCAGGCGGGGACUGGUAGUCCGGAGGCUGGCAGUGUGUUCCAGCGUUGAUCCCCCCCCCGUUCUUGUUUACACCUUGCGGACGGGGAGAGGCAAGACACCCACAGGGGCCCAGAACAGACUCGGGAGUCCAGUCUGCAGUGGACGCGGCUAUGUGACAGCAUCUCCACCCCGUGGUACUUAUUUUGUAUAUGGUGGCAAAUCAAGUUUGCCUUUGAUGGGACCCGGACUCUCUCGUCUAAUUCCACCCCUCCAUUCAGAGCAGAAAUGCGUCAAACUUUUUGGUGACUUUAGUGGCACCUCUGCGCGUAUGGCUCCCAGUCAAGCGGGGUUCAAGUGCGGCUGGAAAUGAAAUCUACCAGGAAUAGUGCCGACAAAUUGUUCCUUUAGCCACAGGGUGUGAUACACGGACCUCUUCAAACUUUGAUUACGGGCGGAAAUUACACCCUUUCAAUCUUUUCUCGGACAUUCACAAGCUGUUCGGUGAUGGAUGUGUUUUGAGCGUUUCAGUCUGUUUGCGUCAACAAAGAGUCAACUAUUUACCAAAACAACGACAUCCAACAUCAAUUUACUGGACUCGUUGCAAUUUCACUAUUUCCUGAGAGAUCUUUCAGGGGUAGAGACUUUGCUGGACUUGAGCCACUUUGGUGUGUGAAAAGCACCGCAGGUUACGCUGCGUGGACAACCCGAGACGUUUCGCAACGGCGUAGCCGGAAAAGAUGCUCUCUGUUCGGAUGCAGCGUGACCAAGGUCUCGCUCCUUUGGUUCUUCUCCUCCUGGUUGGGGGAUAUUUCGUGUCUGGCACUGAGAGCAGCGACUACAGCGAGACCGAGGUUCUCCCCGAUUCCUUCCCAUCAGCGCCGGCAGAACCUCUCCCAGAAUUCCUGCUGGAACCAGAGGACGCCUUCAUCGUAAAGAACCGGCCGGUACAGCUACGUUGCCGGGCAUCACCAGCCACUCAGAUCUACUUUAAGUGUAACGGAGAAUGGGUCAAUCAAAACGAUCACGUCACCAGAGAGAGCCUGGACCAGAUCACAGGCCUGGUGGUGCGGGAGGUGGACAUCUCAGUGUCCAGGACGCAGGUGGAGGAGCUGUUUGGAUUGGAGGACUACUGGUGCCAGUGUGUGGCCUGGAGCUCGGCUGGCACCACAAAGAGCAACCGUGCCUACGUUCGCAUUGCAUACCUUAGGAAGAACUUUGAGCAGGAGCCGCUGGGGCGGGAGGUACGGCUCGAACAGGAGGUGCUGCUGCAGUGUCGCCCCCCGGAGGGCAUGCCCGCCGCCGAGGUGGACUGGCUGAAGAAUGAGGACGUCAUAGAUCCAUCGCAAGACUCCAACUUCCUGAUCACCAUUGAUCAUGAUCUGAUCAUCAAACAGGCCAGACUCUCAGACACUGCUAACUACACCUGCGUGGCUCGUAAUGUGGUGGCCAAAAGACGCAGCAGCACAGCUACUCUUAUUGUUUAUGUGAGCGGAGGUUGGUCUUCUUGGACUGAGUGGUCAGAGUGUAAUGCUCGAUGCGGGCGAGGCUGGCAGCGGCGUACACGCAGCUGCACCAAUCCUGCCCCUCUGAAUGGAGGUGCCUUCUGCGAGGGCCCACCCUUCCAAAGAGUGACCUGCACCACACUGUGCCCAGUGGAUGGUGGCUGGACAGAGUGGGCAAAGUGGUCCGCCUGUGGGACAGAGUGCACCCACUGGCGCAGUCGUGAGUGCCAAGCCCCCCCACCCAGGAACGGAGGAAAGCACUGCAGCGGCAGCAUGAUGGAGAGCAAAAACUGCACUGAGGGGCUGUGUGCGCGCAAUAAAAAGAUUUCUAUUGAACAUGCAAGCCAUCCGCUGGCCCCAGGUAUGGGUGUAGCAGUCUACGCUGGUCUGGUGGGGGCCCUGCUGCUGUGUGUGAUACUGGUGUUGUGCGUGGGAGUGCUCGCAUAUCGCCGCAGAUGCCGCCAUCUCCAUGGAGACAUCACCGAUUCUUCGUCUGCUCUCACCGCCGCCUUCCACCCUGGCAACUACAAGCCUCCCAGACAGGCUCCUCCGGAUCUGACAGCCACAGCGGGGGCUUUCCGUGGGCCUCUCUUCUCUCUGCAGCAGGGAGUCAAUGACAGCCCCCACAAGAUCCCCAUGACCACCUCUCCCCUGCUGGACCCCUUGCCCAGUCUCAAAAUCAAGGUGUAUAAUUCCUCCACUCUUUCGUCACUGGAACUCCCCGCAGACAUCUGCUCAGACGGGGAGAUCCUCAGCCUGAAGUCGGUGGGUACCGUGGGUAGAGAGCGAGACUACCACAGCCACACCCUUUCCAGAGAACCUGGGCUGAGCACCAGUGCCACCCUGGGUAAUCUGGGAGGACGCCUUACCAUCCCCAAUACAGGUGUAAGUCUGCUGGUCCCCCCUGGCACAAUCCCCCAGGGGAAGUUCUAUGAGAUGUACCUCAUUAUCAACAAGUGGGACAAAACGACGCUACCCUCUGAGGGCAGUCAGACUGUACUUAGUCCUGUUGUGAGCUGUGGCCCGUCUGGUAUGCUGCUGAAUCGUCCUGUGGUUCUUACUUUGCCCCACUGUGCCCAGCUAGACACACCUACACCUGACUGGACCCUCACACUCAAGACACAGACACACCAGGGGGCAUGGGAGGAGGUGCUGACAGUAGGAGAGGAGACUUUGUCGUCUCCGUGCUACCUCCAGCUGGAGGAGGAGUGUUGUCAUGUUCUCAUGGAACAGCUGGGAACGUACGGCCUGGUGGGCCAGUCGUGCCCCCCACAGCCAGCCUGCAAACGCCUGCAGCUGGCACUGUUCGCCCCCCGAGCACCCUGCCUCUCCCUGGAUUACAGCCUCCGUAUCUACUGCAUCCACGACACCCCACAUGCACUCAAGGAGGUGCUGGAUUUGGAGAGGAGUCUAGGUGGAGUUUUGCUGGAAGAUCCCAAGCCGCUGUUCUUCAAAGACAGCUACCACAACCUGCGCCUGUCCAUUCACGACAUUCCUCACACGCACUGGAGAAGCAAACUACUGGCAAAGUAUCAGGAGAUCCCGUUCUAUCACAUCUGGAGUGGCAGUCAGAGACCCCUGCACUGCACCUUCAGCCUGGAGAGAGGCAGCCUGGCUGUGUCACAGCUCACCUGUAAGAUCUGUGUGCGACAGGUGGAAGGGGAGGGACAGAUAUUCCAGCUGCACACGGAUAUUCAGGAGACUCUACCACCGCACUCGCCCCUCCCCUCAGGAGGCACAUGCCUGCCUUCCUCUCAAGUGGGACCCUAUGCCUUUCGCUUGCCUGACUCCAUUCGCCAGAAGAUCUGUGCCAGUUUGGAUGCGCCCAGUGCUCGGGGAUGUGACUGGAGACUACUGGCACGCAGUCUGGGCUUUGACAGGUACUUGAACUACUUUGCAACAAAGCCUAGCCCCACGGGUGUUCUACUGGACUUAUGGGAAGCUUGUCACCAAGCUGACGCAGACCUGGUCUCUCUGGCGACCGCGCUGGAGGAGAUGGGCAAAAGUGAGGUGCUAGUUGUCAUGACAACAGAUGGGGAUUGUUGAUUGGUCAAGGAAACGAGAGAGCAAGCAAGACAUUUUUUUUCACCACCGUGAUGAAAAUAAUGAUACCUGCCUAUGAAUAUGCACACCCUGGCACAAAUCACAGAUGCCCACAGAGCAUUUUGGUUCCUUCAUGUACUGUAUUACCUCUGCCUCGUCUUCAUUUUCACUGCCCCCUGAUCAGCCACUAUAGCUACAUACCCACAGUAACCCAUUCCAAUGCGGGCCAUCCCAUGAUAACUGCUAACCUGAUUCAGCUUGAAUCCUCCAAAGCAAUGUUUCAUCUGCAAGAUGUGAAACCAAUUUGAGGCUACGAAGGCGUAAAAUGGGUGUUAAGUCAUCUGUCAUAUUCGGUGAUGACUGUCUUCUUCAAUGAUUGAAAAUGACACUAUUCUUGUAUAUAAAUAAGACAGCUUUGGGACAAACAGAAGAAAAAUCCAUGUAUUCAACACCCAAAGGCACGCACAAUAACACAAAAACACAACGUUAACGCGGGAUUACCCAUGUUACCGUAGCAGAAUGAAGGUGCGCGAUUUACCACCAUCUCACCUCAUGGCAGGGGCUUUUGUUUUCUCCAUUGUCAUUCUGUGUGUGCAGUGAAUGACAGGCAGCACCGACCUGUCUGCAACCUCCUCAGGCUACAGACACACUCCAACACACACACACACACACACACACACGGACAAACUGGUCAUUAACCGGCUCGGAAUCAGACAGGCUAGGAUUUCUUGUCUUCUUCGACUGACGACAAUUCACAUGAGGACCGAACCCUCAAGGUUUGAGGGCUUGAGCGUAUCGCUUUGAGCUGAAAAUAAAAGCUGCCUCUUCUUUGUCGUAGGAGGGCGAAUUGUGAAGUUUGUUUAAGAAUUGGCAGAUAACUAGACUGACUGACUCUUUAUAUUGUACCAACAAAUGCCUCAAAGCCUUGGCAUAUCAUUCCGACUCACAGGGGUGUUUCUCUUUCAUCUCUCCUCGCAUUCCUCUAUCGCUCCGCCACACUCCUCCGAUCUGUCGAGAACAAACUGCAGGAGAGCUCUCUGGUCAUCCCUUAAAAGUUUCCUUUGGGGAACGCUCUUUAAGUUAUUAUCCAUAUUUGUGGAUUGUUUUUGUUUCUUUGUUUUAUUUUUCUUUGUAAUUGCUGUUAACGAUCAUAUAGAACCUGUUCUGUCAUCUGUGCUUCUUUAGGCUACUGAGCUGCUGUGUUUUAUUUUUGAUUCUAGCAGAGCGGGCCAAAUGGGAGCACAGUGGAUGUCUCAGUUGUGAAUAACAAAACCAUGUUUAUUUGUUAUUUUUAAUACUGUGUAUCUAUUCAAAAUGUAAAAUAUAAUCUGUAAAACAUGAUUAGAGAUGGUCAGAUGUCUAGGUGAAUAUACCAUAGGCAUUUUGCUUCGCUGUAACCGAGGGCAGUUUCCACUGUUCAGAAUAUUACAGAAUAGAUCAGCCUUGCCUUGAAUCAACUAGGCAGCAAGGGACCAUAAAAAUUACCUCAGCACUAACUGCAUCAUGUUUCAAUCUAUUCUCUGUCCACCACUUAUCUAUGUGUCCAUCACCCUGUAACUCAUCAUUUCUCCUCUUUCAUUUAACAUAUUGUUAACCUUUUUACUAAGCCGCCUGCUUUGUGGUCAGGGUCCUCAAGCUAUUUUCAUUAUCAAUAUUGUUCUGUCAGUUAUUGUUCGACGGAAAUUGAAACGCUGUCAUCUAUAACAUUGUCAUUACUUAAGUUCUGUGUGUUAUUGAGUCUUUUUCUCCCUCAAAGCAAAAACAAAAAAAGUGUUCAUAUCUUUGAAACCACAAAAACCAAAACACAGGCAGUAUCCCUCCUCUUCAGCAGUGAGUCAUGUCACUGUUUUGUGUGAAUGAACUGAAAACACAAGUGUGUCUGUGUGUGUGUGUGUGUGUGUGUGUGUGUGUGUGUGUGUGUGUGUGUGUGAGAGAGAGAGAGAGAGAGAGCAUGUGUUGAGUGAGUGGGUAUGUGUGGGCAGGUGGGUGUGCACACGCAGUAUGUGCACACACUUAAGAUCUGUCAUUUCUCUUUGUAAGUGCUAUGCAAGUACAAAAGAAAAAGUGAAGCAUUUUGACUUCUUUUGUUUCCUGGAAGAGUAAUUCUAUUUUUUCAGAUCAGGGCAUUGACAGGGUUUUGAUUUUGUAACCUAAAGUGGUUUAAGAGUGGUUUAGCAUUUUUGGUGAUGGAUUGGAAGAAUUGGAUCUCUGACCAAGGAAGCUAGUACUGAAAAAGCACAUGUGGAAGAUCAAAAAAAAAAGGAUGGUGCAAUGGCUACAAAACAAGUUGUGACUAACAUCAUGGACUCGUGCCCUGCAGGUCUUUACCCAUGAGGAAAUCUCUGAACAUGACCAGUUCAGUACUUUGGAUCCCUGAACACUGCAGGACUAUUUUCUUUCCUCGAAUCUUGUUACAGAGACUGGCUAGCUGUAGACUACAGUGUUUAUUCGUCCAGAUUUCUUGAGUGUGUGUUGGAUCUUUGGCCAUAGCUCUGGAUCAUGCUAGAGCUGGACUGGAUUCGCCCAUGCUCCCAUCAAAGAGAAGAAUUAAGCAUUUGUUCAAGACGACAGACAUUUUUACGAAAAAAACAAAAUGGAUUCAGUGAUAUUAUUUUAUCUCUGUAAAGUACCAAUUGUAAAUAAACGUCUAGCCUUCUUACCUGUAACUAAAUAUAAUUUUUAUGCAAUAAAUUAUAUUUCUUAGUUUAACAA